AGAACCGUGCGGACGUGUGCGGUUGGAAGAAGAGCUGAAACAGAAACAGAAGUCGGAAAGCAACGGUGAACUGAACAGCCCGCAGCACCAACUUCUCUUUACGCUCUCGCCGCCACCGCCGCCUCACCCCCCUCACCCUUAACCCUCAACAGGCGGCCACCGAAAGGAAAACAGACCACAAAAUAUUAGAAACAAUUAAAUGUGAGACCCCCCGAGUCAAUUGUGUGCCUAAAAAAACCCAAACAAACAAACUUGGCAAUUUUUGUUGAAUUUUUUUAAAUGUGUUAAACGUGCAAAUUUUAAUCAAAAAAAAAGAAACUCAAAAAUUCAAAAGUCCUGGAUUAUUUUGAAUUUUAUUUUUGGCAACAACAAAGACAAAAUACAAAAACAAAAAAGAAGCGGCAGCCUCUCGACUAACGGUAAACAGCCAAGUGAAAUCUCUGGGCAAAAAAGAAAAGAAAGAAAAGGAAAAAGCAAAGGCAGACAGAAGAAGAAGAAGAAGCAGCACCAGCAGCAAGUGCAAGAGAGCAAAAAGAGCUCUGAAAAGAGAGCGCGUGUGUGUGUGUGCGGUGUGCGUGUGUGAGGACUUCCUUAUUCAGAACAAUUUAUUGACAAAAAAAAAACAAUAAUUUUCAAUCAAAAUCAAAAUCAAAGUUGUUUCCACUCAAGCAAGAGAAAAAUAAAUCAAAGACAAGCCAAGCAACAAACAAACAAACAAACAGACUAAAACAAAAGCACAUACAAUACAAGCUCGCUUUUGCUCUUUGAAAAACGCACAAUGACCUUGCCCACAAACACACACGCAUCUGCAAACGACGCCGGCAGCGGCCACAACAACAAUCACAACAACCACAACAACAACAGCAGCAACCACAACAAUAAUAGCAACAACAACAACAACAACGGCAGCAGCAGCGACGAAGAUUCGGACAUGUUUGGACCACCCCGCUGCUCCCCGCCCAUCGGCUACCAUCACCAUCGAUCCCGUGUGCCCAUGAUAUCCCCAAAGUUGCGGCAACGCGAAGAGCGCAAGCGUAUCCUUCAGCUGUGCGCCCACAAGCUGGAGAGGAUCAAGGACUCGGAGGCGAAUCUCCGGAGGAGCGUCUGCAUCAACAACACCUACUGCCGACUGACCGACGAGCUGCGCCGCGAGAAACAGAUGCGAUACCUCCAGAAUCUGCCCAGAACCAGCGACAGCGGCUCAACCACCGAACUGGCGCGUGAGAAUCUCUUCCAGCCGAACAUGGACGAUGCCAAGCCGGCCAGCAAUAGCACUAGCAAUAUGAUGAACAAUGCCAAUGGCGGCAAGUCCUCAUCCUCCUACGGCGAUGCCUUUGGCUCCUCCUCGAAUGGAUCGUCUUCGGGUCGUGGUGUUGGUGGUGGUAUAUGCUCCUUGGAGAAUCAACCGCCCGAGCGUCAGCAGCUGGUUAUGCCCGCUGGUGGUGCCUCGGCCCCCGAGGCGGCCAAUUCGGUGCCCCUUUCCGUUUCCGGUUCGGCAUCGGAGCGAGUGAAUAACCGAAAACGUCACCUGUCCAGCAGCAAUUUGGUCAACGAUCUGGAGAUACUCGACAGGGAACUGAGCGCCAUCAAUGCACCCAUGCUGCUGAUCGAUCCAGAGAUCACCCAAGGUGCCGAGCAGCUGGAGAAGGCGGCCCUGUCGGCCAGCCGUAAGAGAUUGAGGAGCAAUAGCAGCAGCGAGGACGAAAGCGAUCGUUUGGUGCGCGAGGCUCUAUCGCAAUUUUAUAUACCGCCGCAGCGCCUGAUCUCUGCCAUUGAAGAGUGUCCACUGGAUGUGGUUGGCCUGGGCAUGGGAAUGAAUGUGAAUGUGGGAGGCAUCGGUGGAAUCGCUGGAAUCGGUGGAAUCGGAGGAGCUGCAGGCGCUGGCGUCGAAGUUUCCGGUGGCAAACGGAUGAAAUUGAAUGACCAUCAUCAUCAUCAUCAUCUCAACCACCAUCAUCAUUUGCAUCAUCAUCUGGAGCUGGUCGAUUUCGAUAUGAAUCAAAACCAAAAGGAUUUCGAGGUGAUCAUGGACGCCCUGAGGCUGGGAACGCCGACGCCGCCGAGCGGCGCCAGCAGCGAUUCCUGCGGCCAGGCGGCAAUGAUGAGCGAAUCGGCCAGCGUUUUCCACAAUCUGGUGGUCACCUCGCUGGAGACAUGAAAGUACCAGUGAAUCCCCGAGCAGCAGACAAAGAUUAAAGAGUUUAGAUUUUAUAUAAGACACUUGCAUAGAGUUUUUAAGGAAACAUUUAGGCUAUGACACAUGUACUAACCCUAAGCUAUUAUAAAUGAAAGGAAUGAUAAAUGAAAAUCGGGCGGAUUGGCCAGUAUUACUCAUUAAUGGCAGUCGCGAUUUGUACAAACAAAAAAUACACAAAAAUAGUAGUAGGCAAAGGAAAACAAAAAAAAACAAAAAUCAAAGAAUUUGUAGUCAAAACAGCAGAAACAAACAAAAACCAGAACAAUCUAUAAGUUAAAUUUAAAGGAAAAAGAAAAUGAACCCCAUAUACUUGUAACAAAUUAACAAAAAUUCAGUUGUGGUUUCCAUUUCGGUUUCGUAGAGAGCUCCGUUUAUAUAAGAAAAUUGAACAGAAAACUUCCAACUAAACGAAAAACUAUAUAAGCCAAGCACAUUCCAAAAUGCUACAUAUUAUAUACCUAAAAAUGUUGUUCCUCCUGAAUUUUUGUUUUUGUGUCUUACACUAUCCAUUGGAUAUUUGAAAAUAUCUCACAUACGCGAAAUAUCAAAAUACAUUUUGCAUUUAGGAAGUAAAUAUAUUUUUUUAUAACAAGACCCACAGAAGUUCUCCUAGUCAUACAAACAAAAAAAAAAGAAAACAAAACGAAAGAGAACGCAACGCUAUCCAAAACAACAAAAUUAAAAAGAAAACAACAAUGCAAGGUUUCGUUUAAUCAGAUUCCAAAUAAAGUUCGUUUAUUAAAAUUGAUUGGUUCCCAUUUUUGCCUCUGCACAAACACACAAGAUGAGGACAAUGUUCUGACAAGAAAACUGAGACAUGAAAGCAAAUUAAAAUAGCAAUUUCAACAAAAAACAAAACCACAAAAAUAUUAUACAAAAAAAGUGCAAUUAGAAUUUUAUAAAAUAUUGAAAGCAAGCCUCAAAAACAAAAAAAAAACAAAAACCAACAAAAGUGCAUUCAAAAAGAUUUAAACACAAAUCGGGCAAAUUAACAAAUUAAUAAUUAGUAGUAAUAUUAUAAACCGUUUAAGGCAAACAAACAAAAACUGCAAAAAAAAACAAUUUUUUCUUCGAAAAAAAUUACGGCUGUGAUAGAAUUUUAAGUUUUUUGGCUAAAAACAAAAAAGUUACCAUUAAAAAGCAAAACAAAAAGUACUACAAAAAUAUACCAGGCAUAAAAUCAUGAAUAUUAUGAUCUAUGUGUAAAAUGAACAUUUAGUAUUAGAAAACAAAAAAAAAACAAAACUAAUUGUGUAGAAGAAAAGCGCGAGCUGUACUUUCUUUCAGCGAGAGAGAAGCGGAAUGAGAGAAUCUCUCAACUUUCGCUCGCUCGGCUUUCAUUGAUUUUAUAUAUAUCUAUAUAUAUACGUAAACAGAUAUAAAAAUAUUUUUUUUUUUUUUGCAUUUUCUAUAAGUCGCCUCGCCUCGCCUAAGCUUUCGUUUUCGUUUCACGUUUUUCGCUUUUGUUUUCGUUCGCGUCUUUUGGCCCAAAAGAAACCAGACCACAAACCAAUCUGUUCCCUCAACUAUUGAAACUUAUACACAGAGAUGGUAAAGAUAUAUACCUUUUCAUGGGCGGAUUAUUAGGCGUGUGGGCAUGUCAAAGACUAAAGACUCAAAGAAUCUAGAGAGCAGGUCCUUCAUCAAUCACCAUUUUACUGUUGUUCCCCCAUUAACACAUUUUGUUUAAUGCUUAAGUUUUUUUGAUAUGAUUAUUUUUGAUAUAAUUAUGUAAUCAUUGUGCGUUUUUAACUAGAAGAAUUACUUAGCCUAUGUGCGUACACAUUUAGUGAACAUUAUCCAUAUGUAUUUCCAUUUUAGUUAAUAUUCCUACAUAUACACACUACAUAGAUAAACCAAUAUAUACAUUAUAUAUAUAUAGUGUUCUGUGUACGAUCCCGUAUUGAUCGCAUCGCAGACGAACUAUUAAGCAUUAAAAGCUAUGCAACAAAUGCAAAAUAAAUUAUACAAAAAAAAAUUC